UCGGGUAUAUAAAAGCCGUCACGUGGAAAGAAAGCAUUACUUCACCAUGAAGCUCUUGGUUGUCAUCGCAACAGUUGUGGUUGCGUCAUCAGCAGCUCCUCAGGGUUAUAACUUGGGUAGGCCUUCAGGACCAGGUUUUGGUUUUGGAAGCAGUUCAGGCUCAGGUUUUGGAGGAGGAGGUGCAGGCUUAGGUUUUGGAGGAGGUUCAGGCUUUGGUUUUGGAGGAGGAGGUGCAGGCUCAGGUUUUAUCUCGGGAGGAUGUGGCCCCGGACAGGUAUCGCAUGUUGGUAGAUGUGUCACUCCAAUCGUCACCCGCAAAGUCUACUUGUACGACGCACCACCCGCACCUCCGGUUCCCCAUGGACCUCCACCGUACAUCCCUGAGCCAACGAUAGACACAAAUAUUGUGUUCAUCCGAACACCCGAAGAAGGUCCAGGGCCAGAACCUAUCGUCAUACCUCCACCACAACAACGAAGCGUCGUCUAUGUCCUGAAUAGACAGACGCCAGAGCAACAGGAUGUGAUUGAAGUCCCAGCACCGCCAGCAACCAGUCCUGAGGUUUACUUCGUGAACUACGCUGACGGCGAGAACCCAGUUCUUCCCAGCGGUGUCGACCUUCAGACUGCCUUGAGUGCAGCUUCUCAAGGGGGCGGUCAAGUGGUUGGAGGAGGUGCUGGAGGAUUCGGAGGCGGCGCUGGAGGUUUGGGAGGCGGCGCUGGAGGUUUCGGAGGCGGCGCUGGAGGUUUCGGAGGCGGCGCUGGAGGUUUCGGAGGCGGCGCUGGAAGUUUCGGAGGCGGCGCUGGAGGUGGUGGUGGCUUCGGAGGCAGUGGUGGAGGAUUCAGCGGAGUCUCUGGUUCCGUUUCAUCACCAUCGAGUCUUUAUACAACACCAUAACUUUCGCACUCAGGUAGUCCCACUCUGUAAUUUUUCAGUGGGACAAUUUUAUGCAAUAGCAAAUUAAUCAA